AUGUAUGAUGAAGUUGUAGCUGCAACUGGUGGCUUUAGUGAGGCAAAUCUUAUAGGCAUUGGUAGCUUUGGAUCUAUUUAUAAAGGGGUUUUAAACAAUGGUAGAAAUGUUGCAGUUAAAGUUUUCAAUCUGCAAGAGGAAAAUGCUCAUCGAAGUUUUAGUAAAGAGUGCAAGAUAUUGAAAAGGGUUAGGCAUCGGAGUAUAAUUAAGAUCAUAUCAGCUUGUUCUAACCUUGAGAUUAAUGCUUUGAUUCUUCCUUUUAUGUCAAAUGGAAGUUUGGAGCGGUUGUUAUAUCCUUCUGAAGGAGAUGAAUGCAUCUUCAACUUGAGUGAUCGAUUAAGGAUAGCAAUAGAGAUAGCACAUGGAAUGAAAUAUUUACAUCAUCAAUGUUUUGUACAAGUGAUUCACUGUGACUUGAAACCUAAUAAUAUAUUAUUAGGUGAUGAUAUGACUUCAUAUGUAGCAGAUUUUGGUAUUUCCAAAUUAUUAUUUGGAAAUUCUGUGGAUUCAUUAACUUUCACGAAUGCACUAAAAGGUUCUAUUGGCUAUAUUGCACCAGAAUAUGGAAUGGGUGGAAGAGUUUCAACAAAAGGAGAUGUAUAUAGUUAUGGAAUUCUACUCCUAGAGUUGUUGGCAAAGAGGAAACCCAUAGAUAACAUGUUUGUAGAAGGAAUCAAUCUUCAAAGGUGGGUAGGGCUGAAUUUUCCAAAUAAAAUUACAGAAGUGGUUGAUAAUGCCAUCCUUAAAAAUGUAAAUGAAUCUGAAAAUCCAACGGUUCUUUCAUGCCUCACUCAAUUUAUGGAAGUGGGGUUGGUUUGCACAAGGGAAUUGCCUCAACAACAGCCAAAUAUGGUAGACAUAGUUGAAAGAUUGGAAAAAAUUAGAGAUACACUUAAUGGUAUUCAUGGAGGUUUUCAACUACCAAUAGAUAUCUCACAUUUGGUUGAGGAUACACGUCAUGCCAGAAAUAUGAAUUCAAGCAACCAUGACAACUGGUCUACAUCUUCAUACUAG